AUGGCCGAAUCUCACUCCGACCUGAGCGAAAAUGAGAUUCAUAACGAGCGCUCUCAAGAAGAAUCCAGCGAAAAUGAAUCCGGCGCUGAAGCCUUCGAGUCCGACGAUGAUGAUUCCGACGGCGGAGGCUUGCUAGACACCAUGGCCGCUGACGGCAGCGACGAAGAAUCCAGCGAUGAUGAAGAUGACGACAUAUAUCACCGCGAAAACCUCACCCAGGAUCCGUAUCUCGACUCGUUCCCCCAGUUUGGUCGCCUUCCUAGUGAGUUGCGCAACACCAUCUGGGAGCUGUUCUGUCCGGAACUUUGCGCUCGCCAUCGCGUUCUUGACUUUCAGAUCUCGUACGGAACAGCCCUGCAUCCCGACGCGGCGAGUUCUUUUGUUUGGACUGUGCGCGACGGUAUUGCGCUUGGUGAUCAGACAAAGAACCUCCGCGCGGUGUUUGCUGUUCACAAGGAGUCGCGCGCUCUAGCCACCAAUGCCUUUCCUGAUUCUCUGAGCAUCGAUGCUGGGUCUGGAGACGCCACUGUUCGCUUCAACCGAAAUUCUGAUGUUGUUCUGAUGAACGGUCUCAGCUGUCCACCGGGCAGGAUGGUGUUUCACCUACCAGGUUUCGCUAGUGAGGUCAAAAACUUUGCGCUUGGCGGGCCUAACAUCCUUGAUGACCUGAGCGGUCCCGACGUACCAGCGCUCUUGAGGCAGUUCACCCAGCUGGAGUGCUUCUACGUGAACAUCUCGAGCACGGAUUGCCAAAAGUCGACUUUGGGCUGGUGCACAUCGGAUCUCAUCAGCCGGUAUCAAACGCAAACAUACGAGAAACAGCCUGGUCUCGGAGAAGACCUGCAGUUCUUGUGGUGCUGGCCCGAUUUGCAGCGACAUCCCGACUUUGCGAGAUUCCAGAUCGACAGGGAUACUUGGGAUAAUUUGCCUGAUCCUCUUGGCAGCGAGUUGGAGCAACGAGGUCUCAAGGCAUGGCCUAUGGUUGCUUUUGAGUACGAGCGCGGACUUCGACGGUUUGAGUUGCUGCAGACACUUGGGCCGGACCUCGGCGACGACACUUCGGAUGAAGAUGAUGACGACGACGAUGAUGAUGAUGGCAACAAUGGACCUGAUCUCGAUGAGUAUGAAAGCGAUGGUAUUGACGACGAUGAGAUUGUCGAGACGUACGACCCCUCAGACGAAGAGGGCAUCUCAUUAGCCAGCGGCUCCCCUCCGCCCGCCCCCCAAGAAAUCUCCGACGAUGAGGAUGACGACGGCGCCGGCGCAAACUUUUCAAGCCCUGAACCUGAGCCAGAAGCAGCGCCUGUACAGCGCGGACGCAAACGACGAGUAGUUUCCGAUUCUGACGAUGAAGACGAGGAGGACGUCGAACCUACAGCGAAGCGCGCGAGGACACGAGUUGUUGAAUCUGACGACGAAGACGAUGAGCCAGAUGUACCGCAAGGGCAGACACGACAGCGCUCUAGGGCGGUUAUGUCAGAUGACGAGGAUGAAGACGAAGGCGGCGUGUCCAAGGAGCCCCACGCAAGCGAGUCCUCCAGCGAAGAAAGCGAAGAAGAAAGUGACGAGUUAGAAGACGAAGACGCACCGCCCAAGAAAUUGUCUCUCGCUGAGAGACUCCGUCUUCAUCGACAAGAAAACCCAGUUGACGAUGAUUCAGAUGCAAGCAGCAGGACUGCAGACGAGGAGAGCGAAGAAGAGCGGAAUCCUUUCACGAUGGGCAUGGCGGAUGAGUCAGAUGGAGAAGGUGAGGAUGGCUAUGAUGAAGAUGACUAUUAA